AUGGCAGCCACAUUGAGUGAUCUGCAGGGCUGGGAUGUGAUUAGGAGGGAUAGCGAGGGGAGGAUUAUAUCGGAUGACAUGUUUUUGCGAAGAAGCAGGAGAAGAGUGCAGAAAGAAACAGGUGAAAGGGAGCACAUAUAUCUGCAGCGCAAAUCAGAUGGCGUGGAGUUCGGCUGCGGCAGCACUGUUAUAGUGGAAGAAAAAAGCAUCAAUUCCUUUUCUCUGUACAUGAUUCAUGAAAUACGACUUAACACAUUGAACCAUGUGGUUGAACUUUGGGCGUUUUCUUACUUGAGAUGGUUCGAGGUCAACCCUAGAGAGUUUUAUGCGUGCUUGAGUCCUGAAAUUGUCGAUGAAAACAGUUCUGAUGAUUUUUACAUCGAAAAGUUCAACACAGAGUGUAACAGGUCCGAAAUUUAUCUCACCGCUGAGCUUUCUGAAAUCAAAUUGAAAGAUUUCUUAGGAAAGGCUAAUAUCAUAGAUCAAGAACAAUAUCAACGCAAUGGAAAACUGGAAGAAAAUACAUUCGUAGUACGUUUGGCAUGCGAACCAGACGGAACCGCAUUUGCCAAUAUUGACAUACACUCAUAUGAAAAGAAAGUGACAUCAAUGUACCCUAAAGAAUCCGAAACUUAUCUCCAAGGUCUCACGGUAGCAGCUCAAAAAAGCAUGAAGAGUGUACGUCGUAAUGUCUCGAAAGUCGGAGAAGAACCAAAAGCCCUAAAAAAGGAUGCUCUUCCUGAAGAAACAAACAUAGACAGGGCCAGCAGUAAGUCACCUUUGCACGAUCGUACUUCUUCGGUGAUACGAGAAGAUUCGUUAGGUGAAGUGUCAUUGGAUUCAAACCGAACGAAAGCCCCAGAUGAAAAGUUACCUCCGGCGAAAGGGACAGUAGUAACGCAAUCGAGGCCAAUCGACACCAUCGAUAGAGAAAAAAUCGAGCUAAAUACUGUGCAAACGAAGGAUUCGGUUGAAUUGAAUGAAUCUCAAUCAUCAAAAAACGCUGGUGAAUACAGAAGUCCCUCCCCAAUAGAGACAACCUCCGAUUCCGAGCCUUCAGAAAGUGAUGACGAAGAAUUUCAAGAUGCGGCAGACGAUAUAGACUAUGUUGAGGGUGCAGCUAACUCUGGUUUAAUUGACGAAAAUUCUCAUGCGGAUGAGAAUGUUGAUGAUGAUAGCAUUGAAGAGGGACAAGGGGAAGAAGACGAAGACGAGGACGAGGAAGAUAAAGAGAUUGAACUUUACCGCGGAUCCGGAAAGAGAACUUCAAGUCGUCCUAAGGGGAGAACAAGAAAGGCUAGAAAAAUUUUGGACUCUACACCUGCCACUCCAAAGAAGCAGCAAACUCCCAUCACACCUGCAACAUUAAUCAAAAAGUAUACAAAAAAAAACGUUUCACGCGCUAAAAAAGCGUACACACCAUUUUCAAGAAGAUUCAAACGGCCACAGGAUAUACCUGAUCUGACCAAAUUGGCAGAAUUUAAUCAAGAUCGUAUCAAUAUGGACAUCGCUGCGAUUGAGAAUAAACUCAGAAGCCCCAAAAAACAGCAGACCGUAGAAACUAUCUUUUCAAGAGUUAAACAACAAUUGUAUACAUCGCAUGGAAAAGAUGAAAUAGUAAGAGCUGGUAAUUUCGAUGAUUAUUUGCCUGCAAGAGAAAACGAAUUUGCGUCCAUUUACUUAAGUCUUUACAGUGCCAUUGAAGCUGGUAGUGGGACAACUCUUUACAUUGCAGGAACGCCUGGAGUAGGAAAAACUCUUACCGUACGUGAGGUUGUAAAAGAGUUGCUGCAAUCUGCAGAACAGAACGAAUUGCCCAAUUUCCAAUAUGUCGAAAUAAAUGGUCUCAAAAUGAUAAAACCCAGCGAUAGUUAUGAAGUUCUGUGGAACAAAAUCUCUGGUGAGAGACUAACCUCUGGUGCUGCAAUGGAAUCACUUGAAUUCUACUUCAAUAAGGUACCAAAGAUGAAGAAAAGACCAAUACUUGUUCUUUUAGAUGAGCUAGACGCCCUGGUGACUAAAAGCCAAGAUGUGAUGUACAAUUUCUUCAAUUGGACCACUUAUCCAAAUGCCAAAUUGAUUGUGAUAGCGGUUGCUAAUACCAUGGAUUUGCCUGAAAGACAGCUGGGUAAUAAAGUGUCAUCUAGAAUCGGGUUUACGAGAAUCAUGUUCACAGGUUACAACCAUGAUGAAUUAAAAACUAUCAUUAAUUUGAGAUUGAAAGGCUUGAAUAACAGUUUUUUCUUCGUAGAUGUCAAAAACGGAAGCGCUCAUAUGAUUAUGGAUGAUGGCGAUGAACACAAUAUUGAUACUUCCGGCAUGAAAAAGGUGCGAUUAAAAAUAUCAGAGGAUGCCAUUGAAAUUGCCUCAAGGAAAAUUGCAAGUGUCAGCGGAGAUGCCAGAAGAGCAUUGAAAGCAUGUAAGAGAGCGGUAGAGAUUGCUGAACACGAUUAUAUGAAAACGCAUGGCUAUCAUUACGAUGGGCAAGCCUCUAAAGAUGCCGAGAAAGGAGAUCAGAAUGAUGAAGAAGAAACACAAACCGUCGAAAUAUCGCAUAUAAUGAAAGCCCUCAAUGAAACUGUCAAUUCUCCGACCAGUAUAUUUCUAAAAAGUCUAUCCUUCACGGGCAAAUUAUUUCUUUACGCGCUUUUAAACCUCGUAAGGAAAACAGGUGUCCAAGAACAGUCUUUGGGAGACGUUGUGGAUGAAAUCAAAUCAUCAAUCGAUGCCAACGGUAAGAAUAAAUAUGUUGUAGCGAUGCAUGAGGUGUUGUUCACAGGAGGAUCAGAUUUGACCGCAGAGCAGUUGAGAAUUAUAUCAUGGGACUACGUCAUAAAUCAGCUCAUUGAGGCCGGCAUUAUUAUUAAGCAAAAUUUGAAAAAUGAAAGAGUUAGUGCAGUUAAGUUCAGCGUGUCAACGGAGGACGUGAGAAGGGCCAUAGAGCAAGACAAAGUGCUGAAAACGCUAUAA